AUGGGUCAGGUCAAGUCCACCCUGCCCCGGAAGGGCAGGUGUCUGAGCCAGCCGGAGAAGGACCUCCUCAAGUCUGCGCUCAUCAUCUUUGUGAUGGGUGGUCCCGGAUCUGGCAAAGGGACCCAGUGCAAGUCCAUGGCCAUCAAGUAUGGCUUCUGCCACGUGGGGCUCGGCCAGCUGCUGCGCCAGGAGGCCCAAAAGGGCACCAAACGUGGCCAGAAGAUCCGGGAACUCCUGCUGCGGGGCCUGUGCAUGCCCACCGGUUUCAUCCUGGACCUGAUCAGUGAUAACAUGCUCUGCUGUCCCGUGAGCCCCGGUUUCCUCAUCGAUGGCUUUCCUCAGGAGCUGAAGCAAGCCAAGGAGUUUGAGCGCCUGGUGGGCCGGGCCCCCAACAUGGUCAUCGUGUUUGAGUGCUCCAUGAGGACCAUGGUGGACAGAGUACAGCAGCGGGGCAACGCAGAGUGUGAAGAUGGUGACAGCAUGUUGGCCGUCCACCGCCAACUGCAGACCUACUACGCCGCGUGCCAGCCCGUGCUGACCUUCUACCAGCAGAAGGAACUGCUUCGGAUGAUCUUAGCCGAGGCAGCCCCGGAUGUCAUUUUCGCCAGAUGCUGCUCGGUCAUACAGAGUCUCCGGUGA